AUGGAGGGGGCUAAGGCCACCUUUGUCGGUGUCACUCAGACUGGAACAGACAAGCCUGAAUCGGACGGAAUUCUCAGUUUAGGGUCUUCACUUGGAGCAGACUCUGGAAAAGGGCCUGCCGCUGCAACACCUACACCUGACGGUCAACGUUCUGCAUCAUCCAACGCAGGGAGCGCAAGUGCAGCUGGCUCAGCAGCGUCCGCCUCGGCGGCCAACACAGCGCCCACUACGCUCUUGACAUCUGCGUCGACAGGUUCUCCUGGUGGGAGCGCAACAGCUUCUGACAUUAUAUCUGGCACCGCAACAAAUGCCGCGAGCAACACCUCGGGCGCAGUCACAGUAUCGGAGAAGUCUUGCGAUAGCAUUUCGUGUUCGUCAGGGCUCAAAGCCGCGAUCGUGGUACCGGUAGUUCUUGCUGCUGUUGCCGGGAUCUUUUUAUUCUUCUUUUUUGCGCGAAGGAGGAGGCGGAGGGCUGCUGGUGGUGUGGUCGAGUCGGAGAAGACGCCAAAGAAGAAGGGAAAGAAAUGGUCGCGACACUUGAGAGUCUUCUCGUUCGAUGCCGAGUUGCUCAUGGGUGGCCGGUAUUCCAGUACCAAUAGCAUUCGGAGUCGAGACCCCAGCGUUCGAAGUGCAGGCAACAGCUCUCGCCAGGGUACCGCCAGUAUCGAACCUAGCCUGCACAGCAUCGAGGAGGUCGCUCCGCCCUACCGGGACGCCAUCUCGCAUGCGCAGCCCGGCAGUCCCCUACAGAACCGGCCCAUAUCAGCAGCUGGCGGCGUAGCAGGCGACCCAAUCCUCAGAGCGGCAUCCACCGCCACAGCACCUCCUCCUUACCGAUCUGUUGUACCCGACAGUAACCCACGGUCGACGUCACCUGUGUCGGGCGGUAAUCCGUUUUCAGAUUCUGCCCCCGUCAGCCCAAUCGAGGGCUCACCGUUUAAUGAUCCGCCCGACGAACAGAGACCGGCAUUGAGUCGUGGCUCGUCAUUAUACCAAAGCGUCAACACCGACGACGGAGCACCUUCGGAUGCCGGUAGUAUACAGGAAGCUCAAGUCGGUCGGCGUGUGUCUGUGCGAGGUUCAGGUACCGCACCAAGCAACGGCAGCUAG